ACAGUUCGCCGCGGGGUGGACACUAAACAAACAUCAAAAGUCCACGACAUGCCGUCCAUCGUCAUCGGCGCACGCGACGAAGACGACGAGGAAAGUCCGGUCUUCGCAGCGCCUCCGGAGCCUCCGGUGCCAGUUCCAUCACUGCGGGUCCUCUUUGUAGACGAUGAUGUUUUGAACUCGUCACCUGACCCUCGGGCAAUGCGCUUGGAUGACGAGCCCUGCAGGGUGCUGCAAAGUUUGCUGGUUCGGACUGAUGCCAAAAUGGUCCUGACCAGCCACUGGAGACGGCACAAGGCCUAUGUGUUGGAGGUUCUUGGGAACUAUGGAGUGUUGCCCAAACGCGAGGUGGACACAACACCUUUCAAUGCCGAUACGUCCAGGAGGGACUUAGAAAUCUUGCAGUGGCUGAACACCCAUCGGCAGGAGGUGGCCGCAUGGUUCGUGUUGGACUCGCAGACCUUGCUGCAGCACCCGGGCCCGGCUGCGCGGCUGGAAGGCCACGUGCGCCAGGUGCAGGGCAGCCUCAGUGCCGCCGAUACUGCGGCAGCGGAGGCGGUGCUGGGAACGGCAGUGCCCACGCCCUUGGAUGGGCUGAAGAUGGAUGAAGAGUUGGUCUUCAAGAUGCAGGAUGUCAUGAUGCUGUUGUCUUCCUCGCCGCAGUUCCAUCCGCCGCCAAGAGCGACUGAAAACUCAAGUGCUGCGAGUGAGUUUGAUCGGCUUCUGCAAGAAGCGAAGCAACGCUUUCGCUGAUCUCUUGGCAUGCUGGCUCAAGCUUCUCAAAGGUGAGUUGGGCGAGGCAAAAUGCCUCCACAGCUACCAUUCGCAGAGACAAAAA